UUUAUUAGAAUAUAGGGCUGCCUUUGCAGCUUGUGCAGCAACAUGUGAAAACUGCAAAUUCUACUUACAAGUCAGAGCAGAGAUAAAGUAAGGAAAUUACUAUUACUCUAUCUCUGGUCAGAGGAGGGAGGACACGAUUAACCUUAGCUCUAAUUAGCUAAUUAUCGCGACCUUUUUCUUUCUUCUUUAUGUAGAACCAAGUAGUAAUCAACACUAAUUGCAUUCUUCAGCUCUAUUAGUGACCGUAUAUCAGUGAGGUGUUUUUAUUUCUACAAAAACGGACAAUGUACUUAACUGGCAAUGGCUGAUAUUCUCACAAAGUCUCUGGGUUUUUUGGUGGGUGGGUUGGUGCUGCUCUUGGCUGUGAUGUCUUAUUAUAUCUCCUCAUAUCAACCUCCACCACAAGACUUCAAUGGGGAAUUGAACCAGGACAGCAAGUACCGUCCUGUGAUCAUUUUUCACGGCAUCUUCUCCUCCUCUAGCUACAUGGAGGAUCUGGUAGCCCUCAUACACAGUGACUUCAAUGGCACUGAGGUGUACAACAUUGAUGGCUAUGAUGCAGAGUACAGUCUGCUGCCCAUGUGGAGACAGGUGAACGAAAUCAAGGGGAGAAUGCUGCCUAUAAUGCAGAAUGCAAAAGAUGGUGUCAACCUGAUCUGUUUCUCACAAGGGGGUCUAGUUUGCCGAGGUAUUCUUGAGACCACCCCUGAACACAAUGUCCACACCUUUGUGUCUCUCUCAAGUCCCCAGGCUGGACAGUUUGGAGAGAGUGUGUACCUGGACAACAUCUUCCCAGACCAUGCCACGGACGGUCUUUAUGAAGUGUUAUACUCAAGAUUGGGGCAGGAUAUUUCAGUGGCCAACUAUUGGAGGGAUCCCUAUCAGUGGGAGCUCUACAAGGAGUACAGUUCCUUCCUCUACCCCCUCAACCAUCCAAGUGACUCCUCCCACAAGACCAACUUUGAGCGCAUUGAGCAGCUAGUGUUGAUUGGUGGCCCUGGCGAUGGUGUCAUCACUCCCUGGCAGUCAAGCCAAUUUGCAUUCUAUGAUGAGAACGAGAUAAUUAUUGACAUGGAAAAUCAAAUGUAUUUUGAAAAGAACACGUUUGGUCUCCAAACUCUCCACUCAAGAGGGGCCAUCCACAGCCACAUCAUCCCUGGGGUGCAGCACACACAGUGGCAUGGAAACAAGGAUGUAUUUGACUGUUGCAUUGCCCCCUACCUAAAAUAACUGUAUUCAUUUUGUGAUCAAUAAUUAUUACACAGA